AUGCAGCAACUACUGAGGUUAAAAAAUCGUUUUUCGGCAUAUUCUGUUUUUUUCCUGACAUUCAUUAUAGCCGACGAUAUCGUUCAGUGUGAAAACAAGAAAGAAGAUAAUUCUGUGACAAAAAAUGUUACAAGCUUCGAUCACAUCAAUGGAAAUGCAUUCGCUACAGCAGAAACAAUCCACCAAGAUCAACAUUCUAAAUCGAUCGCAUUGCCAAUAGACGAGCAUCCGAUAACUAUCGACAUUACACCAUGCAAAAACCUAUCAUUAUUUUUUAAUCUUACACUUCGUUCAUUAGGAGUUAUUUUCGGUGAUAUAGGCACAUCACCACUAUAUGUUCUCAGUACGAUAUUCUAUUAUCAACCAUCUGAAGCACAAUGCAUUGGUGCCGUCAGCUUGAUUGUUUGGAGCUUAAUUGUUGCUGUAUCAAUCAAAUAUGGUAUUUUCAUACUUAUGGCUGAUAAUCAUGGCGAAUGUGGAACAUUUGCUUUAUGUGGUUUAUUGACAAGUGAAAACAGUCUUUUGAGUCCGAAAACCAAGAAAAUGAUAAUCGUUCUAUCGCUGCUAGCUGGAUCUCUCUUGCUUGGUGAUGGUGCAUUAACACCAGCUGUAUCAGUGUUAUCAGCUGUCGAGGGAGUGGCCGUCGAAGCUCCCAAGUUACAUAACUGGAUUGUACCGAUAACGGUAGUCAUUUUAGUUCUUCUUUUUCUUGCUCAACGUUGGGGAACAUCGAAAAUCGGUGUUAUGUUUGGACCGAUCAUGUGCUUAUAG